AUGCGCGGGGCGCAGUCGGGGGGUGUCGUCACUUUCGUGGGGGAGGAGGGGAACGUGAGAGGCUUGCGAGCCCGAGUGGUGAACUUGAAACGCACGACACUGUCGACCUUGCUGCGGGCAAGGCUGAACGCAGUUGAGUGGUGGGCACGCUGGCGGGGACCUUUGAUGGGUGCCGGCAGGCUCUACAUGGGCCACACUCGCUUCGCCACGAGUUCCAAGGCCACUCUUGAAGGGACGCACCCCCAUCAGUGGACGCCUCCUGAAAAGCACGAGGUCUACUUGGGCUGGGCCUCUGGGCAGCUGCGAAAGGCCUACGUGAACCUAGAGAUUUUCAUCACCCACAACGGCGACCUGGACUUCUUUGAUUUGGGGGACAGGACCUACGACCUCUCGGACAUCCAAUCCUGGCUCGAGCGCUCCACGGGACAUCCAAGGCCCGCCGAGGUGGAUUCCGCCGCCAUCGCCGGCCUCAUGGACUUGCUCCGAACCCAGGGCUGCCUGGCGCGCAGCGUGCGCUACGGCUUUUGGUUCGUGAAGGCGAGGACUCAGGACUCUCUCGACUCCGAGGUUCCCUGCAAGGGGCUCUUUGAGGAGGUGGCUGCGGUGCUGGACACGGUGCUUCAGAGCUUCGACGUCGAGCAGCAGUCUGUGGCCCAGCUGAACGAGCAGCGAGGAGCUCUGCAGGAGGCCUCCCUGAGCGCCCUUCGAGAAAGCAAGCACAGCAAGCAUGGCUUGAAGCUUGCGGAGCUGCAAAGCAUGAUCUACACGGCCAUCGAUGCUUUCUUCGACAACGACUUGUUGAAAGCCAUGGAGCUCUUCAUGGACGGGGCCAAAGGCUCCUUCGGGCUCUGCGUCACCUCCUCCCUUGAUGCCCAGAAGCAGAUCGUCAUGGCGGCUCGUGGCCAGAGCAUGGCCCUGGCGUUCUACCCCAAAACCGGGCUCCUCCUCUACGGCUCCGAGGCCGCCGCAGUGAAGGCAGGGGCGGCCUUUCUGCGCUCGAGGCUCUCGGACUCUGACAGCUCCAGCUCCGAGAGUUCCCUGGAGGAUGGGCCUCCAGCUCCCAGCAGCCUGACGGGGCCCGCCAUGCGUCUUGAUUUGGAUGACUUUGCCGGUGAGAUUUGCCUCUUGGAUUGGAGCGGCGGGCUGCCUUAUGCCUCCUUCGCCCACCGGAAGUUGCAGCCACAAGCUAUGAGCGAAGUUCUAACACUCACCUCCGUGCGCGGUGGCUUGAUGCAGACGCGCCUCCAGAAGCGCUUGGUGGCCAUUGAAAACAAUCCGCUCGUGAUGCCUCUGCCGGAGAGCUGCGGGGAGCCAGUGGCGAAAGACAUUCGGGACAUCCCCUCGGCUUUGGAGAAGAUCCAGAAGGACUGGGACGCCGGUGAGGGCUUGAACCGGAUCACGGCAUGGACUUUGACGCGGGCUUUGAACCGAAGGCUCCGUGAGAAGGCUGCCGGCAAAGUCUCCGCAGACGCCGUGGAUCUCCUGAUCACCGGCUGUGAGGUGAGCUUGUGGCUGGGCGAACAGUUUGCAGCAGACCUCUCCCUGUGCUUCCAGCACUUGGUUGUGAAGUGUAUUUCCAGCAACAAGAUACUCGGACACUACGGUCAAGAAUACCCGAUGGCACAGACCGGGCACAUCUGUGAUUCUUGGGACCUUUCUGGCAGCGUCGCCCUCCUUCUGAGCCACAGCGGGGGAACCUUCGCCACACUGAAUGUCUCGAACCUCCUGCAGGCCUUCACGACCAACAUCUUCGUGGUUUCCUCCGAGUGGGACACGCAGAUCGGAAAGCAGCUUCGGCAGCUGCAGAACAGCUUCUGCAGCCGCAUCUUCAGCGAGGACAUCGGCCUGCGCCCGGCCGAGGCCUGUUCCGUCUCCGUCUGCGCCAUGCAGCAGAUGCUCACGCAGAGCAGAUCUUGCUCCACCUCUCGGCAUCGGCCCUUUCUGAAAGACCCGAGCUUGAGCCAACAGGUCGGCAGCAAGGUGACGCACUCGGAUCUGGCCGAGCUGAGUCGCAUGAACCGCAUGAACAUCGAUGCCCUGCGGGAGCUGGUGGAGCCGAAGAUGGAGACCUGCCGGACGCUGCGCCGCAAGGGCCGGCACUGGGCGCAGCACGUGCUGGAGGUGCCCCGGGCCUGGAUCUUGUGUGCCUUGUACAUCGCUGUCACCGUGACUUGGGGCAGACCUCCUGUGAUGCACACUGCGAAAUGCAUCGCCUCGGUGGAAGCGGGCUCCCUCGCAUACCACGUGGCACUUGCUUUCGAUGCUCUGCUCUACAUCUUCAUGCCGCAGCUUGCGAUUCUGAUGAUUCGCUUGGUGCAGCGGCGGCCCCUACUGCAUCGCAUGGGAGUCCGUACCUUGGUGAUCGGAGAUGUGCCCUGGGUGGCGCAAUCGGCUGAAGCCUUCCUUUCGAAGCUCAUGGCCUGCUCCUACUCCGCCACGGCUCUCAACGUCUUCUCGGCGAACCCCUGCGACCACCUGGUCCAUCGCAUGACCCACCGUGUGGUGCGCGGCACCCUGCUGGCCUGUGGCUGCCCCGAUGGCCGCUUGGUGGCCCUCAGCAACAGCGCCCAGGCGGUGUCCUUGGCCGUGAACCAAGCGAGCUCCAUCCAGUCCAUGGGCUCCGGCUGCGAGAGUUUGACCAUCGGCCACAGCCCCUUCAAGCUGCCCCUCGCAGCGCACGCCGUGACCCUGAAAACCCGGCGGCCCUUGUACCUCUGCGAGUUCCUGAAGCAGCAGGGCGUGGUCCGAAGCGCUUCGGGCGAGCUCGGGGAUUUCAAUAACCUGAAGACCCAGCUGAAGAGGAGGAGCUCCUCCCAUCUUCAGGUUGAAGUUCCCGAGUGGAUGGAGAAGAUCCAGCACAAGAAGCGGCUUCUUGAGGCCUCGGCCGUGAAGGAGCAGGAUCUGAAGAGCUUCAUGGAGAGCCUGGGGGUGGAGCACACCCAGCACAUCACCUUCGAGCAGUUUGAGAAGGGCUGGCGAUUGCUCCACGAGGACAAGCUGAGCGAAGAGCAGCUGCGGAGGGCCUUCAACCACUUCGGCCAGGAGGGGAUCUACCCCGUGGACUGCAAGGCCCUCCUUCGCAUGCCUUUUGUGGAGAUGCUCUCCUUGGCCCAGGGGAACCCGCUUGGAAAGAGCCAGCACCAGAUCCGGGAGUCCCGUGAGGAGGUCUUCGGCGAGGCCUUGCUGCAGCUCGCGGACCCAAACGACCAUGUGCAGAUUCUCCAAUCACAAUUCCUCUCCAUGCAGCUCUAUGAAAGCCGUAUCGCCACACUUCAACGCGCGGUGUCCUUCUUCGUGAUGUUUCAUGAGAUGGCUGGGACGAUCGCGGAGUUUUGGCCACUGGUGAGCCUCGGCUUCCUGCGCUACCACAUGCACCGCACGCAGUCCAUCAUGCGGAUUGCCACCACCGCGUCCCCCAUCUCCGGAGCUGAUGUGCGGCAGCAAAUGCUGGAACUGAGGUCUGCCAAGGAAUUCAAUCAUUUAGUGGGGAACGUGAACAAAAUGGUUUCCCGUUGGCGUGCACGCAAAAUGCAGUGA